ACCCACAUGGCGCAGUGAGUUUCAGUGAAAAGACAGUAAAGAGAGGAACCGGCAGUGUGACUCAGCCAUGCAGCGUCCUCGUGUUCAGUGACUACCCUCAUGUUGUGAAGUGUCUGAGUGACUUGUGUGGUGUUAGUGAAGUGCAGUGAUCUCUUGUGGUGUAGUAUGUGCAGGGAAUACAGCUGUGAUUCAAUUCCCCCGCAUUUUUGGUCAUUUUGGCUAUAGCAACGCUCUACACCACCACGCAUCCAGUCUGCAGCGGCACUGGCCCUCUCGCCGCACCACACCGCCCGAGAGAAGAAGCUCCGCCCCUUCGUGACGUCGAGCUCCGGGAUUGGCCGACCGUGCCCAACAGCUCUGACGUCGCGGCGUCCGUCUGCGAGGCGCCACGAGGAAACUCCGAACCACCAGACACGCAGAUUAUAGUUUAUAUAAACCAAAAUGCCUAAAAAGACGAAAGCAGCGGCUAAACAAGAGGAAGUCACGCCGUCUCCCUCAUCGCCAUCGCCACCAGAAGCGCAGCCAGCUAUGGAUGUACUAUCGCAAAUGAUGGAAAUUUGGCGGCAAGAGGCGGAGGAGAGGAAACAGGCGGAAAAACAACGUCGACAAGAGGACGAGGAACGACGACGAGAGGAAGAUCGCCGACGACAAGAAGACGAGGAACGACGACGCGAGGAAGAUCGCCGACGACAAGAAGACGAGGAACGACGACGAGAGGAGGAUCGCCGACGACAAGAAGACGAGGAACGACGACGGCAAGAGGAAGACAGGCGAAGACAGGAGGAAGACAGACGUAGAAGAGAGGACGACGAGCAGAGAAGGAAGGCUGAGGUACAACGAUUCUUGCAGCUGUUUGCUACCCUCACCACGUCUCCCACUCCCCCGCAGACUGUAGGACCACAGCCUGCUGUCGCCACGGACCUUCCGGCUUCGGCGCCUUCGUCAGGUACUCCAGCAAUGAAGGCUUCAGUCCAGCCUCCCUCACCCCUCGCCCAAGAUGUUACUUUGCGGUCGUUCAAAGAAUGGCGACAACGCUGGGAUGACUAUGCUGUCAUGAUUGACCUGCAUAACCUGCCUCAGCAUAAGCAAUUAAUACACUUGCGUGCGUGCUUAUCUGCUGACAUGAGAGGAACACUGGAGCACAGUUUAGGCGUGUCUCCAGCCUCAGAUUUGCCUCUAAUGGAUGUCCUCCAGCGAAUCCAGAACUUCGUCCGAGACCAAAAGAAUGAGGCUUUACGACGUCUCACCUUUUCCCAGUGCAGGCAGGCCCACAAUGAGAAAUUUACAGAUUUUUAUGUACGCCUAAAGCAAGCUGCAAACGAUGUGGAUCUGUGUAAAGGACAUAGCAAUGCUUGUAUCGAGACCCAAAUCAAUCAUGCCAUCUUGAUAGGUGUUAAAGAUGAAGAGACCAAACAACGCCUGUUAGAGAUGAAGUCCGACGCCACCCUCGAUGACGUAAUAACUGUGUGUAGAUCUCGUGAGGCUGCCGAGUUUACCACCCAAGAACUACGCCCAUUGCAACCAGCUACACGUGCAUUGCCUGUUUAUAAGCAAAAAAUACGGCGAGCUGUCAAAGAUAACACUGAAGAACCCUGCCGAAAAGCCACCAGUCGCCCUACCAAGUCUCCAAAACCACAGCCAAAAGAACUUUGUGACCAUUGUGGAUACAGGACACAUGUCAAGAAGUGCCCUGCUUCUACUAGCACCUGCCGUACCUGUGGCAAAGUAGGUCACUUUGCCAGCCGUUGUCAGUCAUCGAAGAAGAAAAGGAUGCCACCCACAGAAGGGAAUGUUCUUUAAGUUUCCCAAGUUUCGCACAACAUAGCCAAAGUCUGCGCAGUUGAAACUGAAUCCCGAGUAGGCCCUGCAUCUCCGACGAUUAGAUUGUUAGUGCAGUCAGGAGACUCUUUAUAGACUGCAUACCUGACACAGGAUCUGACACAACCGUGAUGGAUGUUACCCUUCUCAAGUCUCUAGGAUUAACCACAGACA